CAAGGCGGGAGUUUCAUUUUCCAGUCUCAUUUAUGUUUACACUGAUUUUAACCUACACUAAUGAAUCCUUUCUUUGCCAAGUAACCCGUUUGUCAUCUUCUAUUUUACGUACGUUAUCAGGAUUUCCCGGGAACACAAAAACGGAACUAUGGCUGCAGCCCCAGUGGAGUACACCAUAGGUGGAGUAAAAAUAAACUUCCCAUGCAAAGCUUAUCCCUCUCAGCUGGCCAUGAUGAACUCGAUCAUUCGUGGGCUUAACCAUGGCCAGCACUGUCUGCUGGAGAGCCCUACUGGCAGUGGGAAAAGUCUUGCUCUUUUGUGUUCAGCCCUUGCAUGGCAGCAAGCCCAGUUUGCUAAGGAGCAAGAUGCAAGUAUCGGCUCAAGUGAGUGUAAGAAACCAGAAGUGGCAACUCCAUGUCAGUGUGUGUGCCAUAGCCGAGAUGCUCAUCCAUCUUCCAGCACUAUGGAAUCAAAACCUCCUGUGGGUAAUCCUAUUGGUGAAGGUACUUCUGUUGAUGCUACAACCCCUGUUUCAAAAGGAGUCAAUGGUGACCAGCCAAAAAGGUCCACUUUGUCUUCCCGUCUCUCUGAGAAACUUCAAGCCUCCGUUACCACUGACAGAGAACAAGAUGAUGAUUUUCAAACUGACAGGAAGCGCCUUCGCGCACCGACCACAGAGCAAAAAAGUAGUAAACGGAGAUGUCUUGAGCGAGGGGUGAUUUUCAUUGAUGAUGAUGAAGAGGAGGAUCUGGAGAGACCUGGGGCUGGAGCACAAAGGACCAUGGAACUGAACAGCGAUGCCAGAGCUGACAGAUACCAGUCACAUCCACAGUGUUGUUCUCCCGUGUCUUGUUCUUUCUGUCCUUGUGGCAACCUCAAAGCAGGACAGAAAACGGUUGAAAAGGCCAAGGACAACGAGAAAGACAAAGAGGGAGGCGGAAGGAAAAAGAUUCCAAAGAUCUUCUUCGGCACACGCACUCAUAAGCAGAUCACACAGAUCGCGCGGGAGCUAAAGCGAACGCUAUACUCCAGCGUGCCCAUGACCAUCCUCUCCAGUCGUGACCACACCUGCGUGCACCCCGAAGUGGUACCUCAUGCCAAUCGCAAGGAGCGCUGCAAGGAGCUACUGGAGGCCAAGAGUGGCUUGUCAUGCCAGUACUACCAUAAUGUGCAUAAAAUGCGAGAUCAGCACUCGUUGCAGUGGGUUCAUGGGCUGCACCAGGCCUGGGACAUUGAGGAUCUGGUGAGUCUAGGCGGUAAACUACGCUCCUGUGCAUACUUCGCGGCUCGGGAACUCAUGCAGGAUGCCUGGAUUGUGUUCUGUCCCUACAACUAUCUUCUGGACCCCCUCAUCCGUGAGAGUAUGGAAAUUAAUCUGAAGGAACAGAUUGUAGUGCUGGAUGAGGCUCAUAACAUUGAGGACUGUGCCCGUGAGAGUGCCAGUUUUACCCUGAAUCACACCCAACUGCUUCUGGCACGAGAUGAGAUCGAUGGAAUGGUGACGCACAAUAUUCGGCGAGAUCAGCACAAGCCUCUGCUGGCCUUCUGCUGCAGCCUUGCCAAUUGGGUGCAGGAAAGCUCCAGUGGCUUGGUGGAGCGCGAGUAUGAGUCUUCUUGUAAGGUCUGGACAGGGACAGAGACUCUUGGUAUCUUCCAUGGCUUAGGCAUCACUGCAGACACCUUCUCAUUGCUGCGGAAAAACCUAGCAGCAGUGCUGGAGAAGGAGGAGCGAAUUGGGCUAGUGAAAGGAAGAGAGGAGUUUGUGCAGGUUCCCACCAUCAGCUCCAACACUCAGUCAAUGCUCAAAAGCCUUUUUAUGGUUCUGGAGUUCCUUUUCAGACAUAAUUGCAGAUUUGCAGGUGAUUACCGUGUAGCCCUCCAGCAGAGUUAUAUGUGGACCACCCAGCCAGACCUGCCUGACUCUCAGGGAUUUUUCACACGGCCCCAACGUCGCCGGCAAAGUACCCGCAAAAAAACCCUGGUGCACACCCUGAGCUUUUGGUGCCUCAACCCUGCCGUGGCGUUCUCGGAUCUGAGCGAAUCAUUGCGAAGUAUUGUGCUGACCUCAGGCACCCUCUCUCCCAUGGGCUCCUUUUCCUCUGAACUGGGCAUCAAGUUCUCCAUCCAGCUGGAGGCCAGUCAUGUCAUCAGCAAGUCACAGGUCUGGGUCGGUACAGUUGGUGCAGGGCCUCAGGGUCGUAAGAUAUGUGCCACAUUCCAGCAUGCAGAGACUUUUGCUUUUCAGGAUGAAGUGGGGGCCCUGCUGUUGCAAGUGUGCCACACAGUGAAACGUGGGGUGCUUUGCUUCCUGCCGUCCUACAAGAUGCUGGAUAAACUGAGGGACCGCUGGAUGAACACAGGCCUGUGGGAGAAGCUUGAGGAGCGGAAGACUGUGAUCACAGAGCCACGUGGUGGUGGCAAGGGUGACUUUGAUGAACUUCUGCAGACCUACUAUGAGGCCAUCGGUGGAACAGCAGCCGAUGGUGGAACUCGAGAUGGAGCUCUGUUGGUCGCUGUCUGCAGAGGGAAGGUGAGCGAGGGCUUAGACUUCACCGAUGACAAUGCCAGAGCGGUGGUCACUAUUGGCAUCCCUUUCCCGAAUAUCAAAAAUUUGCAGGUUGAACUUAAAAUGAAAUACAAUGACCAGCAUGCCAAAUCACGAGGGCUUCUGCCCGGUGGUCGCUGGUAUGAGAUUCAAGCAUAUCGGGCGCUAAACCAAGCAUUAGGAAGGUGUAUACGGCAUAGAAACGACUGGGGGGCGCUGAUUCUGGUUGACGACCGGUUCAGGGCAAACCCAAACAGAUACAUCACAGGCCUGUCAAAGUGGGUGCGUCAACUAGUGAGGCACCAUGACACCUUCACAGGCGCCAUGCAGUCCCUGGAGUCCUUCUCGCAAUGCCAGCAGGAGGCAGUAGAGACCUUUGAAAAGACGCAUUCUCAGGCUGCCCCCCCAUUGCCCAGCCCCUCACUGGUCAGCUUCACUGCUACCUCACCCCCUCCUGAGAUAAUCGGCCUCCACAAACUAUCUGACCCAAAGCCGGCACAGCCAAAACCACACACUGAGGUUCAGAAUGCCAACUAUGAGAGUACGUCUAUUGAAGAAGGUGAUCAAAAGAAUAUACAGCACUCAUCCAAACCAAUCACUUCACCAGAUAGAGAACGUGAGGUUCAAAGAACAGCACAGACUACGGGCCAUCUCUUCACCUCCACUCCGGUCAGCAGCCCAUUUAGGACCCCUAUCUUUCAGUCUGAGCGAUCAAAGAACAUGGUUUCUCAGGAUGCAAAUUCAUUGGACAAAAAACAGGAAGUUGUUCCAGUACUUCCUGUUGAACCAACGCACCAAACAAGUCAUGCUCCUGACUUAAGUGAGAAUGAUCCUCCACCUGAGCGCAGACAACUCUCUGUGGCUACCUCCAAGCAGGACACCAGUGGAACUGAUCUUGAAGACACAGAGGAAGACGAACAGAGCAUCUUCUACAGUCCUGAGCUGUUUGAAGGAAACAAGGAGGAGGAGGAGGAAAAGCCUGUUACAGAGGUGGAGAAAACUCCUCUGAAUACACAAGUCAACGAUCGUCUCGCUAAUAGCAAAGCUGAAGUAUUUUCUGAGGAAUUCUUUGGCUCAGAGCAGGUCAGGAGGACAUUGUCCAAAGACCUUGUAAGCAGCGCAGUCCCAGACAAUGCAUUAUUUCAGGGUAAUUCAGAGCAGACAGACAGCUCUAGUGCAGAGUUUGAGAAUGGGCCUUCCUUUCAAAAGGGCUCCAGCAGUAGCCGGUCACGUAGGCUCUCCAGAUCUAGACAGAAGAGGCCCAGCAUGCCAGGAACAUCAGGUAAACUCACUAGCUACUUCAAAUAUGUGCCCCCAGCCAACCAACCUUGCAUAAUCACAAUUGAUGACUAAUAAUGAAAGAAGUUAAUGUAUAUCUCCAUACCACUCUCUAUAAAGAAUUGCUAAUCUGUCUCUAAUGUGCAAGGAAAUAUAUAUGUAUCUUUUAAAAAAUGAUUCAAAUAAGCACAUUUUCCAUUUCACAAGUGAUAUCUCGACCGUGUUGAUUUUAAUAAGAUAUACUGUGGCGGCGUUGGAAGGAGGUGGUGGUAGAGGGGUUACAUGGAUGAUUUCACUUGGUUAAGAGGUUCAUUUUUACUCAGAAAUUACAGCCCAUUAAAGUUUUAUUUGUGUGAACUCUGAAUGUAAACAGGGGGCAGCUGUGUAUUGCUGGGGCCGGGGCAGCCGUUUAAAGGGCCGGCAGGUCUGUAAACAGGCACAGGAAGCUUUCUCUAUUCAUCUGGCUUUUACUGAGAGAUCAGUGGAAACAAAAGCAUUCAGCUGACUAUGUUAUAUAGCCACACCAUUAAAACAAAUAUUGUAAAUUUGCAAUA